AUGGCUCAUGCUGCUGUUGUUUCUCUUAUGAACAUUCUUGAUGGGAUCCUCAACCCCUGUCGAAAUUCAUAUUUAAACCUCGAUGAAAAGAUAUUCUAUUUCCUUAAAAAAUCUACCCAGAGACAUAGCAGCGAAGAAGCGAAAUUACUGGAGAUAAAAAUCAUAGACGUGGCUUAUCAUGCGGAGGAUGUAAUUGAACUCCGCACAUCCUAUCAUUUUCUUUCAGAAACUCAGAGUCCUUCAAGAAAAAUACUCUCCAAGCUCUCCAGAAAGAGACCUUCUAGUGAUCUUUCUAUAAAAUUGCAGAAAAUAAUAGGAGAAAUCGAUUCCAUCAUGGAAGAGAUGGCGAAGGUUGAUUAUGGGGACGGUGAACAUAGUAUGCAACCAAGGACUUCUUUGCCAUCAAAAUUUGCUCCUUGUGGCCAGACCACCAUGGUGGGAUUUGAUGAAGAUUUGAAGCAGAUAGAGGAUCGACUCUGCGUUGAACAACAAUCUAAGCUCCAAAUCAUUCCCAUUGUUAGGAUGGAAGAAAGUGGUAAGACCACUCUAGAUGUGAAUGUUUAUGAUGAUUCAUUUGUGACAUAUCACUUUGAUAUUCAUGCUUGGGUAACAUUAUCCCAACACUAUAGUGUACGGGAAGUUCUUCUAGGCUUUCCAAAUGAUAUUGUUGUUCUUACUCAUGAAAAUCGUCAAGAGUCUAAUGAGAAAUUAGCUAAACAUCUAUACAAAAGUCUAAAGCGUAAGAGAUAUCUAAUCGUAGUGGAUGAUAUUUGGAGUAUCGAGGCUUGGGAUGAAAUAAAAAUAUUAUUUCCAAACGAUAACAAUGGAAGUCGAAUCAUAUUCACAACCAGGCUAAUAAAUGUGGCUAAUUAUGCCAACUCUUUUAACACCCAUCACCAGAUGCGACUUCUUAACGAGGAACAAAGUUGGAAUUUGUUUCUUGAAAAGGUGUUUGGACAAGAAAAUUGCCUUCCUAAAUUGGAAAUUAUUGGUCAGUAG